AAGAGGAGAGAGAGAAAGGGAGAAAACAUAAAGUGAGAGAGACUUGGGGGGAGAGGGGGAGAAGAGGAAGGGUUGCUCUCAGCAGAGAAAGUUGAGGGCGAAAGGGGGGGUGCGUAGGAUAAGCAGAAGCUACAUUUCUCCACUUUCUUUCCUUUUUUUUCUGUUUGUAACAGUGAUGGAGGGCCGGUGACAUCGAAUCUUUGGCUGACCCUUGCGAAAAGAUUGAGUCUUUUUGAGCUUUUCCAUCUGGGUUUUGGUGGGUUGGUCGAUAGCUGAGAUGGAGGGUGCGCAUUAUAGGAAUGGGCAUCGGAGAAUGGCGUUGUUCUUGGUGUGCUUAGCUGUCCUGAUCUCGCUAUCUUGCGCCGCGAGGCCUUCUGUCUCGAGGCAGAAGCUUCAGGUUGAGAAGCAUUUGAAAAGGCUGAAUAAAUCUCCCAUUAAGACCAUUAAGAGCCCAGAUGGUGAUAUCAUUGACUGUGUCCCCAUCUCUCAACAGCCAGCAUUUGAUCAUCCCUUUCUCAAAGACCACAAAAUUCAGACAAGGCCUAGUUACCAUCCAGAAGGGCUCUUUGAUGACAACAAGGUGUCCAAAGGUCCUAAAGAGAAGAGCAAUCGUAUGACUCAGCUGUUUCAUAUGAAUGGAAAAUGCUCCGAGGGCUCGAUCCCGAUUAGAAGAACAAAGGAAGAGGAUGUGUUGAGGGCAAGCUCUGUUAAGAGAUAUGGAAAGAAAAAGCACAGAAGCAUUCCCAAGCCGAGGUCUGCUGAUCCUGACCUCAUCAACCAAAGCGGUCAUCAGCACGCGAUAGCGUAUGUUGAAGGAGACAAGUAUUACGGUGCAAAGGCAACGAUCAAUGUGUGGGAGCCUAAGAUUCAGCAGCCUAAUGAGUUCAGCUUGUCUCAGAUUUGGGUGUUGGGAGGUUCUUUUGGUGAAGAUCUCAACAGCAUUGAAGCUGGUUGGCAGGUCAGCCCUGAUCUCUACGGUGACAACAACACGAGGCUUUUCACUUACUGGACAAGCGAUGCAUAUCAAGCAACGGGCUGCUACAACCUUCUAUGCUCAGGCUUCAUUCAAGUCAACAGCGAGAUAGCAAUGGGGGCCAGCAUCUCUCCAGUUUCAGCAUUCAGGAAUUCACAGUAUGAUAUUAGCAUUCUUGUUUGGAAGGAUCCGAAAGAGGGACACUGGUGGAUGCAGUUUGGGAAUGACUACGUGCUAGGAUACUGGCCGUCCUUCUUGUUCUCCUACCUAGCAGACAGUGCUUCCAUGAUCGAGUGGGGCGGGGAGGUGGUGAACUCUGAGCCAGACGGGCAGCACACCGCGACCCAAAUGGGCAGCGGGCGCUUCCCAGAAGAAGGGUUUGGCAAAGCAAGCUACUUCAGGAACAUACAUGUUGUGGACAGCACCAACAACCUUAAAUCCCCCAAAGAACUAGGCACCUUCACUGAGCAAUCCAACUGCUAUGAUGUUCAGACAGGCAACAAUGAGGAUUGGGGCCAUUACUUCUACUAUGGAGGCCCAGGCAGGAACCCCAACUGCCCUUGAACAAAUUUGACUGAGAAUCAGUCACAAUCUGUAUAAUCAAAAUCUAUGUAACAACUUAUUUUUCUAGUUUUGUUAGGUUUGCUCAGUAAAUGUAACCUAUGUAGCAGGGAAUUUUUGACCCUUUUUCUUUUCAUGAAAAUGUUGUCCAUUAAUCA